GUUUCCCCUACUUUUGCAGUCUCACCUUUGCAGCCGGUAGCCUUUAUUCUCCAUCCAAGCCUCGGCAGCAUGUUGGACCCGUCUUCCAGCGAGGAGGAAGGAGAUGAAAUACAGGAGGUGGAGCGCAAAGAGGUGGCGGCCCCGAAGAGCGCCGGAGGAGCCAGGUUGUCACCGGGCCGAGCCUCUGACGGCGGAGCAGGGCUGCAGCCCCGCGGCGCUGUGAGACCCUCCAGCCCCAGCCCCUCCGUGGGCAGCGACAAGGAGAAAGAAGAUCUGGAGAAGAUGCAGAGAGAAGAAGAGGAGAGGAAAAAGAGACUCCAGCUGUAUGUGUUUGUGAUGCGCUGCAUCGCCUAUCCGUUCAACGCAAAGCAACCUACUGAUAUGGCCAGGAGGCAGCAGAAGAUCAGUAAGCUGCAGCUGCAGACAGUCAAAGAGCGUUUCCAGGCCUUCCUCAGCGGGGACACCCAAAUCGUGGCGGACGAAGCCUUCAUCAACGCUGUCCAGAGCUACUAUGACGUCUUCCUGAAAAGUGACCGUGUGUCCCGGAUGGUGCAGAGCGGCGGCUGCUCGGCCAGCGAUUCUCGGGAGGUUUUUAAGAAGCACAUAGAGAAGAGGGUGCGCAGCCUGCCUGAGAUCGACGGGCUGAGCAAAGAGACGGUGCUGAGCUCCUGGAUCGCCAAGUUUGACACCAUUUACCGAGGAGAGGAGGACCCCAGGAAGCACCAGCAGAGGAUGACGGCCAGCGCCGCCUCGGAGCUCAUCCUCAGCAAAGACCAGCUGUACGAGAUGUUCCAGCAGAUCCUGGGCAUCAAGAAGUUUGAGCACCAGCUCCUUUAUAACGCCUGCCAGCUGGACAACCCUGACGAGCAGGCAGCACAGAUCAGAAGAGAGCUGGACGGACGCCUGCAGAUGGCCGACCAGAUAGCUCGGCAUGGUGGAAGGUUUCCCAGGUUCUCCUCCCGAGAGAUGGAGGCCAUGUUCAUUGAGGAGCUGCGAUCCUCUGUCAACCUGCUGAUGGCCAACCUGGAGAGCAUGCCAGUGUCCAAGGGAGGGGAGUUCAAGCUCCAGAAGCUGAAACGAGGACACAACCCCUCCAUCAUGGACAUGGGCCAGGAGGACGAGAACACUCUGUCCAAAUCUGACGUGGUGCUGUCCUUCACCCUGGAGGUGGUGAUCAUGGAGGUGCAGGGUCUGAAGUCGCUGGCUCCAAACAGAAUCGUUUACUGCACCAUGGAGGUGGAGGGGGGGCACAAACUGCAGACAGACCAGGCUGAGGCCUCCAAACCCACUUGGGGUACCCAGGGUGACUUCACCACCACGCAGCCGUUGCCUGCUGUGAAGGUGAAGCUGUUCACUGAGAGCACAGGUGUGUUGGCUCUGGAGGAUAAGGAGCUGGGGAAGGUUGUGCUCCACCCGACUCCCAACAGUCCCAAGCAAUCUGAGCUCCACAAGAUGACGGUGUCUAAAGGCUGUCCGGACAGCGACCUGAGGAUCAAACUGGCCAUCCGCAUGGACAAACCACAGAACAUGAAGCAUUGUGGGUACCUUUGGGCCAUUGGCAAAAAUGUGUGGAAAAGAUGGAAGAAAAGAUUCUUCGUGCUGGUGCAGGUGAGUCAGUACACCUUCGCCAUGUGCAGCUAUAGAGAGAAGAAGGCCGAGCCUGUGGAGCUCCUGCAGCUUGAUGGCUACACUGUGGACUACACCGACCCCCAGCCAGGUCUGGAUGGCGGCCGGACCUUCUUCAACGCUGUGAAAGAGGGCGACACUGUGAUCUUUGCCAGCGAUGACGAGCAAGACCGGAUCCUGUGGGUGCAGGCCAUGUACCGAGCCACGGGCCAGUCACACAAGCCAGUGCCUCCCACCCAGGUCCAGAAACUCAACUCCAGGGGCAGCACAGCACCACAGCUGGACGCACCCAUAUCUCAGUUCUAUGCUGAUCGGGCACAGAAGCACGGCAUGGAUGAGUUCAUUUCAGCCAACCCCUGUAACUUCGACCACGGCUCGCUGUUUGAGCUGGUCCAGCGCCUCACUCUGGACCACAGACUCAACGACUCUUACUCCUGCCUGGGCUGGUUCAGUCCGGGUCAGGUGUUCGUCUUAGAUGAGUACUGCGCUCGCUACGGCGUCCGAGGCUGCCAUCGGCAUUUAUGCUACCUGAGUGACCUGCUGGAGAGGGCGGAGAACGGAGCCAUGAUCGACCCCACCCUGCUGCACUACAGCUUCGCCUUCUGUGCCUCUCAUGUCCAUGGAAACAGCCUCCGUGUGUCUGAGUUGUUAAGCUGGCCGGUCUCUGAGGCCGAGCUUGAGCGAGCACUGUUCCCCUCCGCCCCUGAGCUUCCUGCUAAGAGAGAACUCAAAAUCAUUGAGUUCAUCAAGAAAAAGGACGCCAGGUUCCCAAUGCUCUCAGGAACCAAAAGGCCUGAUGGAAUAGGCACAGUGACCGUAGAAGAGAAGGAGCACUUUGAGGAGAUCAAAGAGAGGCUACGGGUUCUUCUGGAGAACCAGAUAACACACUUCAGGUACUGCUUUCCAUUUGGCCGGCCAGAGGGGGCGCUGAAAGCAACUUUGUCCUUGCUUGAAAGGGUUCUGAUGAAGGAUAUUGUUACCCCGGUUCCACAAGAGGAAGUGAAGGCGGUGAUACGUAGGUGUCUGGAGCAGGCAGCUCUAGUCAACUACCAACGGCUGUCGGAGUAUGCCAAACUGGAAGGGAAAAAAAGAGAGAUGUAUGAGCAUCCUGUCUUCUGCUUGGCGUCUCAAGUGAUGGAUUUAACCAUUCGUGAAAAGAUGAAGGAUCCAGAGAAUGUAGGGCGGUUAGUCACACCUGCUAAAAAACUGGAGGACAAUAUCCGCCUGUCCGAGCUGGUGAUCGAGGUGCUGCAGCAGAAUGAGGAACACCAUGCUGAGGCCUUCGCCUGGUGGUCGGACCUGAUGGUGGAGCAUGCAGAGACCUUCCUGUGUCUCUACUCGGCCGACAUGGACGCGGCACUUGAAGUCCAGCCGCCUGACAGCUGGGACAGCUUCCCCCUCUUCCAGCUGCUCAACGACUUCCUCAGAAUGGACUAUAACCUGUGCAAUGGAAAGUUCCACAAGCACCUGCAGGACCUUUAUGCCCCCCUGGUGGUGCGAUAUGUGGACCUGAUGGAGUCCUCCAUUGCUCAGUCCAUCCACAGAGGCUUCGAAAGGGAAUCCUGGGAACCUGUGAAUAAAACAACAACAAGCACUCUGCCCAAUGUCAACCUCCCAAUGCCCAAAGUAGAAAGUAUCACAGGGCCCAGUGUUAACCUCACACACACGCCCGGCUCAUCUUCACCCAGCUGGAUGGCUGCUACCUCAUUCUGCAGUAACGGCUCAGGGACGUCAGAGGAUCUCUUCUGGAAGCUGGACGCUCUGCAGACCUUCAUCAGAGAUCUGCACUGGCCUGAGGAGGAGUUCGGCAAACACCUGGAAACCCGCCUGAAGCUGAUGUCCAGUGACAUGAUUGAAUCAUGCGUAAAACGGACAAGGGCUGCUUUCGAGGCCAAGCUUCAGAAGAGCAGCCGGGCCACCGAGUUCCGUGUGCCACAGUCCAUCUGCACCAUGUUCAACGUCAUGGUGGAUGCCAAGGCCCAGUCCGCCAAGCUGUGUGCCAUGGACCUGGGGCAGGAGAGGCAGUACCACUCCCAGAUUGACGAUCUGAUUGAAGAGACGGUGAAGGAGAUGAUCACUCUGCUGGUAGCUAAGUUUGUGGUCAUCCUGGAGGGAGUGUUAGCCAAGCUCUCCAGAUAUGACGAGGGAACACUCUUCUCUUCCUUCCUUUCUUUCACAGUGAAAGCUGCUUCAAAGUAUGUGGACGUACCUAAGCCAGGGAUGGACAUCGCUGACGGUUACGUGACGUUUGUUCGUCAUUCCCAGGAUAUGCUGCGGGACAAGGUCAAUGAGGAGGUGUACAUAGAGAGAUUAUUUGAUCAAUGGUACACCAGCACAAUGAACCUGCUGGGAACGUGGCUGACUGACCGUAUGGACCUGCAGCUCCACCUUUACCAGCUGAAGAUACUCAUUCGGAUUGUCAAGAAAAAGUACCGUGACUUUCGUCUUCAAGGGGUGCUGGACUCCACGCUGAACAGCAAGAUGUAUGAGACAGUGAGAAACCGGCUGACCUUGGAAGAAGCCACUGCCUCAGUGAGGGAAGGGGGGAUGCAAGGCGUUUCCAUGAAGGACAGUGACGAAGAGGACAAUAAUCACUAAAUCAAAGGUCCUGAAAACCAUACGAAUGUCAAAUCUUUCCAGAGUGUGAGCAGUAUACUGCCUAGGAAUCCAAGCAGCCUUUCCAUGAGCUCCAUGAUUAUUUGCUGUUUCAGUUUUUCAUUCAAGUAACGGUUCCACAUUGCUGUCUGACUUUACACCAGACAACACAAAGUGUGUCUAUAAACACCUGCAAGGCUGUCCUAGGAAUGCAGAUAAUUUAGAAACUCUCUCUGUCAGCUCAUCAAGCUGUUUUUCCUCAGAACUAAAACUGAAAUGUGAGCAAAUUUCUGUAGUUUCCAGGAUACCCCAAAAAGGGCCAGCGUGAGACAAGUGCAAAUGUCCCCAUGAGCCCCAUGAAUGCAAAGCCGCCUUAUAAUUAGGAUGAUAGAGAGCGGCAUUCACAUGAGUAUCUUGCAGACAUGAAAACAUUCUGUAGUUCCUUCAUGCUGUGCCACCGAUAUCGUCUACAGUCCUUGUGUGGUAGCCUUCCUGUUGCUUGUUGUUGAAGAUACGUAGAGCACUCUGUGAAACACUCAAAAGACCCGGG